AACACAUAAUUCAUAAAACAUUUCAAAUAUUUAAAUCUAAAAACAACUACAAACAUAAAAAUCCACCAUUUGGAGCUUGCAAUUAUAGUAUAUAUUUCGGUUUUUCGGUAGGAAAUUCAGAAAUUCGGUUCAGUUGAAAAAACCCUGAUUUCCGAACUAUCCAUAUUUUCCUUCCGAAUUCCGAACCGAAUAACAUUAAUUCGGGUUUACCGAACCGGUUGCCCACCUCUACUUACUGGAUCUGAAUCCCUUUCCCCAUUCCUAGCCAAUUAAUUGCUCUACUAACUCCACGCAUUCUUCUUUCGCCGUCUUCCUCUAUCAGCUACCUGAGGUGGUUGGUGAAGAAAUCCUGAAUGCUAGGUGCCAGCAAGUGGUGGAGCCUCCCGUCCGCCGGGGGAGAUAGCUAGCAGCAGUUCUGGUAGGGUUAUCGGUGAUUACAGCGAGAUUUUGAAGAUGGGUUUUGUGUGGACCUGGGCUGCCGUUAAUUGCAGGAUGCCAGCAUCGUCAACGCAGUGGAUGGCGGUCCGGGUUUGAGAAUAAUCAAUUUGUUUGUCUUUGCCUCCAUGGUCACCGACCCACUUCACUGUUGCUGCUGCUGCUUGUUCAUUCUCAACGCGUUAAACAAGGAGUCGUGUUAUUGGUAAUUGUUGAGUGAAUUUUUAUGACUUUUCAUAAACUUGUGGGUGUUGCUGAAUUGUGGGUCUUAUUCAAGAAUCCAAAAAGCCAGCGUAUUAGGUAUAUGCUUUCAUAUUGGUUUCCAGUGAAUAACCAUUGUUUGAAUUAGACUUGGUACAAGAAAAGAAAAAGACGGUGAAUUGUAGCACAUUUGCGGCGGAACUAACUUCCGGGGCAUUGUUUCAGCUCCUGGAACUCAUCUGGCCUUGCGCAUCACCUCCUUCGUUUUCAUAUACUAGAUAGCCAUAACCUUCUCCUGUUAUACUCUUGUGCAUGAACUGUUGAUAAAAUUAGAUAGCCAUAACCUCUGCAUUUUGGAAUAUUCACUUUGAGGAAGUCUUCAUGAGUUAGUUGUUCUCUUAUGCUACUUACCUGCUUGAUCUUGAAUCCCUUGUUUUAUUUGCAUCAAAAAUGUAUCUUGGCCGCUAAUUUGUUGUUAUUCUGACUUGUGAUGCAGGCAGUGAUCCAAAUGUCAAGGUGAAGGUUGCGAUAGGUAAGCUGCUGCCAUGAAUUUCUGUUCCUGUUCCAUUGGGUAUCACUUGCUAAUAGCUUCCAACGCUGAGCAAAGAUUGAGUUUGAGAAUGAUUGUCAAUACCCUUUUAUCCAGGUGUUGGAACGGCUGUUGGGAGUGUGGUCAUAAUGCUCAUUCUCUUCCUCUUUUAUCUUCGGCAUAGAAGGCAACAACAAUAUUCAGCUACCACUUACUCGUUAUCUAGAAGCAUAUUUUCAGACCCUUCUUCAAAAGUGGAGGUUGAGAAGGGUGCUAGCAAGUAUUUUGGCGUUCAGGUCUUCACGUAUGCAGAACUAGAGGAGGCCACCAAUAACUUCGAUUCCUCUUAUGAACUUGGAGAUGGAGGCUUUGGUGCUGUAUAUUAUGGUAAAAUCAAGGAUGGGCGAGCUGUUGCAGUGAAACGCCUAUACGAAAGCAAUUACAAGCGAGUUGAACAGUUCAUGAAUGAGAUUGAGAUUCUAACGCGCUUGCGCCAUCCUAAUCUGGUCUCCCUAUACGGAUGCACAUCUCGCCACAGCCGCGAGCUCUUGCUAGUCUACGAGUACAUCGCUAACGGCACGGUGGCAGAUCAUCUCCAUGGUGAAAAGGCAAAACCUGGAGCCCUGCCAUGGUCCACUCGAAUGAACAUCGCCGUGGACACUGCAAGUGCCCUCACAUAUCUCCACGCCUCCGAGAUCAUUCACCGUGAUGUGAAGACAAACAACUUUCUCCUGGAUGAGAAUUUCCUUGUCAAAGUAGCCGAUUUCGGGCUGUCCCGGCUCUUUCCUAACCAUGUCUCCCAUGUCUCCACUGCUCCACAGGGGACACCCGGUUAUGUUGAUCCCGAGUAUCACCAGUUCUACCAGCUGACUAGCAGGAGCGAUGUUUUCAGCUUUGGAGUGGUCUUGGCUGAGCUCAUUUCAUCGAUGCCAGCUGUCGAUAUCACGAGGCAUAGACAUGAGAUCAACUUGUCUAACAUGGCGAUCAACAAGAUCCAAGGCGAUGCUCUGCACGAGCUUGUGGACCAGAGUUUGGGGUUUCAGUCGAAUGCUUUGAUAAGGAAGAUGGUGACGGCAGUAGCAGAGCUGACAUUUCAGUGUCUACAGAGUGAUAAGGACUUGAGGCCUUCAAUGGAUCAAGUGUUGUCUACUCUACAGGGCAUACAGAGAAUGGGGGACGAAUUAGAUGAAGCUGUGUCGUCGAAGAGUGUUGCUGCUCAGCACUUACCACUAUCGCCAAAUUCUGUAAUUGGGAAAUGGGCUAGCGUUGGUACAACUCCUAACACCAGCAGUUGAAGCAUUGGAAGGAGAAGCAAUGCAGUUGAUGUAAGUACAUUUUCCCUCACGAUGGUUUUGAUGGUAUUUUGACGAGGAUGUAUACUAUAGUUGAAGGUCGUUAAUAGAUGUACAAAGCUAAGCAUGUGAGUUCAUACGUUGUUAAAAGAAGAGUAGCUAAUGUGUUCCCCGAAACUAUUGUUAUGCUAUAGCACUAGUACAUUGGGCGGUACAACAAUACGACUUAUCUUUUUGAUAAGGAAACCAAUUUAGCAAUACAACUUAUCUGACAAC